CGCCGUGUUAACACGAUAACUUUUCGGAUUACUCGAACCUUUUCCUUGACGUGGACAAAAAAGAAAGAUGAUAGUCGCCGGCAAAACAAUUUUUGCUUUUAUGCUUGUCAUUGCGCCAUUCAUGGUGCUGGCUGAUGUAUGUACGAGCCCAUCAGUGAAGUCGAGCACAUACACCACUUCAGAAGCAAGCAGUUCUACCAACACAGUGUUUAUUGUCCAGUUUUCGCUGUCCUGCAAGAAUGGUGCCAAGGAUUUGACCCUGUAUGCAGAUAUCAACGGAAAAACCGUUCCUGUGACAAGGAGUGCAGAAAAUGAAAAAUAUCCAUAUCAGGUGAGCUUCAGCGAUGAGAACAAGAACCUCCCAUCUGGAUCAUAUGAUGUAAAGUUUUAUGAUGAAGAUGGAUUCUCCAACUUGAGAAAGGCCCAGAGAAGCAGUGAGGGCACAUCAUCUGUCAAGUCUAUCUUCUCCAUCAACGUCAGCCACUCUGGUGUAUGGAAGGGCCCACUGGUACCCAGCGAACUUGUAGCCACUGCUACAGCAGUCCUUGUCUGGUUCCUGGCUUACUCUGCAAGAAAUAGCCUGCAGUCUUCUUGAAAAGCAAACCAUCUUUAGUGACAUUUAAUUAAAUAAUUUUAGGCCAUCUUUAAAAAGAAUUGUUUGCAAUGGCUCAAACUCAAAGGGUUGAAUAUGCAAAACCUGUUUACAAAUUUUAUUUAAAACAUUAAAUAUGUAAAUAAAAUACUUAUUAAGUGUUUUUUUUCACUAGAUCUUCAUUUAAGUAUUUGUAAUUGUGUUUAACUACUUUGAUAAAAAGAAAUUGAUUGGGCUACAAACAAUGUUUUAAAGGAUUAUGCAAAUAUAACCCCCUUUUUUGUCAGAUAUUGAAUCAAUAUUUAUUUAAUAGCUUUGAAUUUGCAUUUUGUGUAAAAAAAACAAUAACAUUAAAUUAAGAAAUAACAAAGUGCCUAGAACUGGAAAAGUGACAAAUGAUUUUCUAAUUUCUGUAAUCAAGCUCAUUUUCCUUCCUCUAUUAACCUAUUUACAUUUAUAUUUUCAUUAGAGAGAGUGGAAAACUUUGUGGUUAUUUUAAUUUUCUAGCUUUUUGUAUGCUUGAUUUGUGUCUAAAAAUAAUAUUGGAGUUCAGUGUUUUUAUAUGAAAAACAGUAUGCAAAUGAAGUCUGGAUGUGGUUUUUAUAGAUAAAAAACAACCAUGUUUCAUUAGCGCUGCGAAAACCUUGUCAUCCCGCACCCCUAGAAAACUAAUCAACUUUCACAAUUCGGGCAGAAUAAUUCUAUUUGUGGAUAUUUUUAUGGAAAAUCGUCCAAUGAAAUUAUUACUUCCUUCUAGAAGUUUUUUUCGGUUCCCUGAACGUUAUACUCUCAUUCAAUUUGCCUGCAUUCUCAGUGAAAACUUGCAGAAGGAAUGGUGUGCAUAUAAUUUGUUUAGUCGUUGUAACUUAUGUAUUGAAGAUGCAGAAAUAAGUGAAAUAAAAAUAUUUUUAUGUAAA